AUGGACAUCUUCGAAAGUUUGGUUCAACUCAACCAGACCAUCCAAGUCGUGGACAUGCAUACCUCGGGCGAGCCUACACGGAUUGUUGUCCGCGGUUACCCCCAUCUGGAGGGCGAAACUCUGCUUGAAAAGCGACGAUGUGCAGCAAACAAGCACGACAAUUUCCGGAAACAGCUUAUGCGCGAGCCAAGAGGACACGCAGAGAUGUAUGGCGCGAUUUUGGUCCAAGAGACCGAAUUGACAAGAAGUGGUGAGGCUGACAUCGGGGUGCUGUUUUGCCAUAACGAGGGCUACUCGACGAUGUGUGGUCAUGCCACUAUUGCACUCGGCCGUUUCCUCAUCGACACCCAUGAUUUUACUGUCUUUCCGCGCCGAAAGGAGUUACCUUACGACCCAGGGACGGGAUUGACUGCGCUACGUUUGCAUGCACCCUGUGGUGUCAUCCAAGUCCACGUUUCAACACAAAACGAUUCCGCGGAGACUUCAAGCUCUGUUUCUUUUCUUGGUGUCCCGUCUUACAGCACUCAAGUUGAUUUUGAUGUCAUUAUCCCACCAGAUAAUAGGUGGCCACAACUCACAGCCCAGUCAGUAAAGCUAGACGUUGCCUUUGGUGGUGCCUUCUACGCCAUUGUGCAAGAUCGAGAGCUGGGCUUUCCUCAUGGGCUAAAAAACGCUGUACUGGCAGAGCUCAACACCGCCACACGUCUCCUCAAGAAAACUGUCGCGGACUUGCACCAAAAUGUCUUACGACAUCCAGACCAAGACCUACGAUUUCUGUACGGUGUCAUCGUUGUGGACACAACCGCGAGUGAUCCGGACGAAGAACUGGGUAUCUGCUUCUUUGCUGAUCAGCAGAUCGACCGUUCGCCAACUGGUUCAGGCGUCAUGGCUCGGGUUGCACUCGCCAUCGAGAAGGACAUACUGCACUUGGGUGACAGUAAGACAUACCAUUCGAUCGUUAGCGUUGGCUCGGGUCUGGGGUUUCGCGGAACGGCAAUUGAGCGAGUAAGUGAAGGAGUGGUGGUGAAGGUCGAAGGACGUGCAUUUUAUACCGGUGUCGGGAGCUUCAUAGUCGAAGAUGGAGACUCGCUGGCCGAUGGGCUUGUUGUGAGGGGGGGCUUAAUGUAG